GGCUCGCCGAUCGAGGCGGUCGCCUCCGUCUUCCGCCGCAAGUUCCAGUGCUGGCACCUCUACCGCCUCAACGACUGCUGGUUCACGCGAAAGCAACGCGAGGGCCUCAUCCCAUGCAACCAGUCAGGCGUGGUCGCCUUUCGGCAGCAGUUCGGCGCCGCAGCCUCCUCGUGCGCCACCCACCCCCCCUCCCCCGUCCGUCGCGCCCCGCCCGCCCUCCUCGCGCCACCCGCGCCACCCCAGCUUCCGUGUCCCUCGCCCCACCACCUGCCCCAGCUGCCGCGUGCCGACUGCGGGGCCUCUCGCGUCGCUCGACGCCUUUGCCUCCAACGGCGCCGACCUCUUCGGUACCAUGGCCCAGUUCCGCUCCUGGCUCUCUUGCCGUGCGCCGCGCUGCACGUCCGACAUCCUCGUCGUGCGGUACGAGACGCUCAACGCGUCCGUCCCUUCGAUCCUCGACUUCCUCGACGUGCCGCUCGCCGCGCGCAGCCACUUCCCGCCCUUCACGCCCUCCCACCACGGCGUCGACAGCGGCGCGGCCCAGCAGCUGCGAGGCAUCUACGGGGCGCUCGAUGCAGCCAUCGAGCGGAUCCCGCCACAGGGGCUGCUGCUGCGAAACCGAUAGAGAGCGGAUACUUGCGGUUUAUCGUUAAUCUCGCGGCCCGCGCUCACACGACGAGCGCGCUGUUGAGCUUUCCUGCAAAUUGCGGUGUAUUGCGCGCCGCUCUUGAGGCACUUAUCGGUAUCUCUCUUGGGAAAUUAAAACC